ACCCCGUCAAGCAUGGGGAAGACAGCCUCACGCAGAGAUGCAGCCGCCCGAGCUGAACGUAAAUUCGAAAAGAAGCUCGAGUUUUAUGCUAAGGUUAAACAGACAGUUACUUCAUUAGCUGCCCAGAAGUCUAUUACUAAGAAGAAAGUAAGAAGCAGGCAAAAGAAAUUAAAGGCUUAUGAUCUUUCCGAGCUUUCGGAGUUUCUCCCAGAGUUCAAAGCCUCUCAGCAACCAAAACCUGCAGAGUUCAAGUUGAAAAGUAAAAAUAGGAAAAAUUUAGUGUUGAAGGAAGGCAAUCAGUUUCAUGCAGUUGUUAAUCAUCCUGCUUUCCAGGCAGAUCCGUUGGGUGCCAUUCAUCAACAUCUUCAAAGCACGCAGCCGACCCUGGAUGAAAAGCCAAAAAGAAGGGAAAACAAAAAUGGAAAUAGAAAAGGAAAAAAGAAAUCUACCAACUGUCGCCGGUCGUUACCGCUCGAACCACCGCGACUUUCCACCACCUCAACCAACGACCACCAACGUCAUUGCGCUUUGCAUGGUGCGACGUGGUGCGGCGUGGAGCGACGUGGUGCGGCUUGUAAAGAUCCCCAUUUGCCAAAUUUUGGCGUGUUGGUCUGUGUUCAUAGUAGUUCAUAG